AGACGUAUCUAAUUAAAUACCCUUGCAUAACCAUCCACACUUAUCUGGCUAGGCGGAUUGGAAAGUGGGCAUUCGUUCUGGAGGUGUUAUUGUUCAUGGCUAGCAGGUGACGAAGGGCCAUUUUUGCAAAAGAUGGUGUGUUCUUGACAGGAUUUAAACGGCUUCGAAUUCAUUGGUUAAAAGCAACGUUGCUAUGGAGUUGAUCUCGUGGUUGUUGGUUGUAAUGGGACUCGCCGCCGGUGUCUAUAGCAACAAGGUGCUGUUGGUUUCCAUGGACGGGUUUCGCUGGGACUAUAUUCGACAGACCGCGACGCCACAUUUCGACGCGUUGGCCGAGAGAGGAACGAGAGCAGACUUCAUCAACAACACCUUCAUCACUAAGACCUUUCCAUGCCAUUAUUCCAUAGCGACAGGUCUGUACGAAGAAAGCCACGGCAUUAUUAGUAAUGCCAUGUACGACCCCAUCACAGGGCAACGCUUCAACAUGGGCAGUAAGGAGACCUUCUGGUGGGACGGCGGGGAACCACUAUGGGUUACAGUGGAAAAGGCGGGGCUCAAAAGCGCAACUUACUAUUGGCCCGGAAGCGAGUCUGUGAUAAGGGGACACAGACCGACCGAGUACAGGAAAUAUAACGAGAGUGUUGAGUUCAAUGUGCGCGUGGACACCGUUGUAGACUGGUUGACGGACCCGGAAAAAGACAUCAGCUUUGCGAUGCUGUAUUUCCACGAACCAGACCUCACCGGUCACGUGUACGGUCCGGACUCGGAGGAGGUUUUAGCUAAAGUUCGAGCGAUGGACGAAGUUCUGGGUUACAUAGUAUCGAGUUUUGACAGCGCUCGCCUCUGGGAGAGCGUGAAUCUGAUCGUCACUAGCGAUCAUGGAAUGACGCAAAUCGACAGUUCAAACCUAAUAGAUCUUCUCCAUUAUGUGAGCAAUGAUGUCUUGAUUCAGGUACCACCGUCGAUGGGUUCCACAGCAAAUAUCAUGGUAGCGGCAGGAAAAGUGGACGAAGUGUUACGAAACCUUUCCAGGGCGGAACACAUGGACGUGUAUCGCCGCCAAGACGUCCCUGAACGCUUCCACUACAGCAACAAUCCUAGGAUUCUAGAUAUAGUGGCGAUCGCUGAUGAACACUGGACCAUUGUUCGGAACGCGUCAACGUAUAAGGAUCGGUCGAAAGGGGCUCACGGCUACGACAAUACUCUGAUGUCUAUGAAACCAAUCUUCUACGCCAGGGGUCCCAACAUCGCAGCCAAUACCGUCGUAGAGCCUUUCAACUCGGUCGACAUCUACCCGAUGGUGUGCAACAUAUUGGGGAUCCAACCGGCCCCCAAUAAUGGGUCCCUUGAGAACAUACGAGGUUUCCUCAAGUUGAGUGCAACCAAUGGGGCUUCACAAUUGUGUUCGGUGUACGCGUUCUUAGUAAUGCCGUUGUUUUUGCACCUGCAUAUAAGCGCUUUUUUAUAAAUCCAUUAGUCUUAUGUUGGUAUGGCUGUUAUGAAUUGGUUUAGCAAGUGUAUGAUUAUUGAUUAUUGGUUAUGUUGUUUUAAUUUUAAAAACAACCUACAUAAGUUGUCAAUUAUGACAACGCCAGAAAUUGAACAUUUCAAAAAAAGUUUACAAGAAGGGGUGUGACUUGUGGUUUGUUUUGAUGACAAAGCCUUAUCAAGUAUUCAGCAAUCUUUAUGACUUUGUAACGUCUACUUUAUUUACAGACCCUGAUAUAAUGUAUUCGGUGAUGGCUCAUUGUGAUGCUUAUUUUUUAUUCUGACGUCGGAGAUAUUGCUUGGUAACCAUUAGUGUAUGACUCGCUCUGUGAAAACUUGGCUUCAUGAAUGUGCGUAAAGUGUCGUCCGAUAUAAGCCUGUGCAAUCCCUUCAAGCUAAUCAGAGACGACAAUUUCUCGCCUGAACUGGAUGUUCGCUUAGAAGAGACUUCAUUUAAACAAAAAAUACCAGAAAAGAACAACGUGUCGUCCCUGAUGAGCGUGGGUUAACAACACUUGGCACCCAUACAUUAAGUUCCUUUUUUAAGAUAACGAUUCUCGUAUCAAUAUGUUAUUUGAAUGCAUUUUUGUAUUUGAAACUAAUUAUACAUUGUACAACCCAUUGUUGCUUUGAUGUAUCUAAAUAUAGUAUAACUGUGA